UUUUUUUUUGAUCUUUGUUCCUUGUUUUUUGAAACUUCUAUUUUUCUUUUUUUUUUUUUUAACUGUCUUCCAAAAAAAAAAGAUACACUUCUUUUUUACCCGCAUUUCGACAUGUCUGAACAGGAAGCCGCCGCUAAGCUUUAUGAAGAUCCCGUUACCAAGGAGAUGAUCUCCAAGUCGGAGCUCAAGCGCCGUGCCAAGCUUCGUGAAAAGGAAGCUGCCAAGGCUGCCAAGGCCGCUGCUGAACCUGCCAAGCCCAAGGCCGCCGCCAAGAAUGAAGAAGAGGGUGAAGAAGAAUUGAACCCCAACCAAUACUUUGAAUUGCGCAGCAAGGCCAUUCGUCAACUUCGUGAGACCGAAUCGCCCAAUCCUUACCCUCACAAGUUCCAAGUCAGCAUGAGCCUUCCCGAGUUCAUUGAAAAGUUCUCCAAGUUGGAGGUCGGUGAGCGUUUGGACGAUCAAGAAAUCACGGUGGCCGGUCGUGUGCACAACAAGCGUGCUUCCGGUGCCAAGCUCCGUUUCUACGAUUUGCACGGUGAUGGUGUGAAGAUUCAAAUCAUGGCUUCCGCUCAGGACCAUGAAGGCGAUUACGCUCAAAUCCACAACUUGUUGCGUCGUGGUGAUAUUGUGGGUGUGCGUGGUGUGCCCGGUAAGACCAAGCGUGGUGAAUUGUCCAUUUUCCCCAAGGACAUCCAGUUGUUGUCGCCUUGUUUGCGCAUGUUGCCCAAGGCCAACUAUGGUUUCAAGGAUCAGGAACUCCGUUACCGUCAACGUUACCUCGAUUUGAUCAUGAACAACUUUGUUCGUGACAAGUUCAUUACCCGUUCCAAGAUCAUCACUUAUUUGCGCAAGUUCUUGGACGACCAAGGUUUCUUGGAAGUCGAAACUCCCAUGAUGAACCAGAUUGCCGGUGGUGCGACGGCCAAGCCUUUCAUUACCCAUCACAACGAUUUGAAGUUGGACAUGUUCAUGCGUAUCGCUCCUGAAUUAUACCUCAAGAUGUUGACCGUCGGUGGUCUUGAUCGUGUGUAUGAAAUCGGUCGUCAGUUCCGUAACGAAGGCAUCGAUUUGACUCACAACCCUGAAUUCACCACCUGUGAGUUCUACAUGGCCUAUGCUGAUAUGCACGAUUUGAUGGAAAUGACCGAAGAGUUGCUCUCUGGUAUGGUCAAGUCUUUGUUCGGCACUUACAAGAUCCAAUACCAUCCUCAAGGUCCCGAUGCUCCCGCUUUGGACAUCGAUUUCACUCCCCCCUUCAAGCGUCUCGACAUGAUCGGUACCUUGGAAGAGAAGCUCAACGUCAAGUUCCCUCCGGGUGAUCAAUUGCACACCGAGGAAACCAACAAGUUCUUGUCGGAUCUCUGCAUCAAGAACAACGUCGAAUGUUCCGCACCCAGAACCAAUGCCCGUAUGUUGGACAAGCUUGUGGGUGAAUACAUUGAAGUCAGCUGCAUUUCGCCUACUUUCAUUACGGGCCAUCCCAUGAUGAUGUCUCCUUUGGCCAAGAAGCACCGUGAGAGAGCUGGUCUCUGCGAGCGCUUUGAAUUGUUCGUGGCUACCAAAGAAGUGUGCAAUGCCUACACCGAAUUGAACGAUCCUUUCGAUCAGCGUGAACGUUUCGCACAGCAGGCCAAGGAUAAGGAUGCUGGUGAUGAUGAAGCCCAAGUGAUUGACGAGAACUUCUGUCAAGCCCUCGAAUAUGGUCUUCCUCCCACUGGUGGCUGGGGUAUGGGUAUCGAUCGUCUUACCAUGUUCCUCACCAACAGCAACAACAUCAAGGAGGUGUUGCUGUUCCCUGCUAUGAAGCCCGAAGAGAACAAUUAAAUCCAUAAUUUUCUUUUUUUUUUUCAUUCAUCAUCAAAGAAAAAAAGAGUUACUUUUUAACUAAUACAAGAAAAAAAAAGGUUCAACUCUACAACAAAGAAAUGAUAGAUUCCAAGCAAUCGCUUUAUUCAUUUGUCAAAUCAUAAAAAGAAAAAUCUUUUUUAAUCUUA